UCCCAGCGGCGGCGGGUGGAGGGCGGCGCGCGGUGACCGCGGGGAAAGGUCUGCGAGUCCCGGCGAGUGGCCCUGAGGCCCACGAAGCCAUAUCCAGGGGAUCGCUCGGUCGCUGCGGAACUGGGGGCGCCCGUGCCCGCUUGACGGACGGGUCCGGCCUGCCGUCGAAGGGGACGCGAACGCUGCACCGCGGCGGAUCGUGACGCCGGGGCGGAUCGAGGCGCCGCGGCCUGAGCAAGAUCCAAUAGGAAAAAAAAAAUGACAUUUGGAGGCAGAAGUUUUAUUUCAAAUCCCUACUUUUUCACUGGCUAAUUUUGUGACUUGGAAAUAUCUGUACAAGAUGUUGACGUUGCUGUUCUGGCUAGUGCAAGCUUGGGUUCUUUUCCUCACUGCUGAACCUUUAGGUAAACUUGUGGAGCCUUGUGGUUAUAUCAGCCCUGAAUCUCCAGUGAUACAACGUGGUACAAAUUUCACGGCUGUUUGUGUGCUAACAGAAAAGUGUAUGGACUAUUUUCAUGUAAAUGCUAGUUAUCUCGUCUGGAAAACAAACCAUCUUUCUGUUCCUAAAGAACAAUAUGCCAUUGUAAACAGAUCAACGUCCAGCGUCACCUUUACAAAUGUGGGUUCUCUGAAUGUUCAGCUUACAUGCAACGUUCUUACCUAUGGGCAGAUUGAGCAGAAUGUCUACGGAAUCAACAUCCGUUCAGGCUUUCCUCCAGAAAAACCUAAAAACCUGAAUUGCAUUGUGAAUGAUACGAAGAAUAUGCUGUGUCAGUGGAACCCUGGAAGGGAGACAUACUUAGAAACAAACUACACUUUGAAAUCUGAAUGGGCGACAGACAGGUUUGCUGACUGUAGAGCAGAACGUGACACCCCAAACUUUUGCCUUGUUCAAAAUAUUCCUGUGUUUUUUGUCAACCUUGAAGUCUGGGUAGAAGCAGAGAAUGCCCUUGGGAAAGUCUCAUCCAAUCAUAUAAAUUUUGAUCCUGUAGAUAAAGUGAAGACCAGUUCACCAUAUAAUUUAUCUGUGAGCAACUCAGAGGAACUGUCCACUAUCUUAAAAUUAACAUGGAUCAAUCCAAGUAUUAAAGAUAUUGUACAACUGAAAUAUAAUAUUGAUUAUAAGACCAAGGAUGCCUCAACUUGGAGCCAGAUCCCUCCUGAAGAUAUAGUCUCCACCCGAUCCAGCUUCACUGUCCAGGACCUUAAGCCCUUCACGGAGUAUGUGUUUAGGAUUCGCUGUAUGAAGGGAGACGGGAAAGGCUACUGGAGUGACUGGAGUGAACCUGCAAGUGGAAUCACAUAUGAAGACAGACCAUCCAAAGCACCAAGUUUCUGGUUUAAGAUAAAUUCAUCUAAAACUCAUGACUCUAAUAGAUCUGUACAGCUUAUGUGGAAGACACUGCCUCCUUUUGAAGCCAAUGGGAAAAUCUUGAAUUAUGAAGUGAUUCUAAAAGGGAAAACACAUCUACAAAAUUACACUGUUAAUAACACGAACUUCACAGUAAAUCUCACAAAUGAUCGUUAUAUAGCAACUCUAGCAGCAAGAAAUCUGGUUGGCAAGUCAGACGCAGCAGUGUUGACCAUCCCCGCCUUUGACUUUCAAGCUUCUCAUCCUGUAAUGGAUCUGAAAGCAUUCCCCAAUGAUAACAAGCUUUGGGUGGAGUGGACAUCUCCAAGUAAAUCUGUGAAGAAAUACAUAAUUGAAUGGUGCCAGCUGUCAGACACAUCGCCCUGUGAACCAGACUGGCAGCAGGAAGAAAGCACUGUGCAUCACACCUACUUAAAAGGGGACCUGAAGGAGAGCGUAUGCUACCUGAUCACAGUGACUCCUGUGUAUUCAUAUGGCCCCGGAAGCCCCGUGUCUACAAAGGCAUACCUGAAACAAGCUGCACCUUCUAGAGGACCUACUGUUCGGACAAAAAAAGUGGGGAAAAAUGAGGCUGUGUUAGAGUGGGAACGACUUCCUGUUGAUGAUCAGAAUGGAUUUAUUAGAAAUUAUACUAUAUUUUAUAAAAGCAGCAUUGGAAAUGAAACAGUAGUGCGUGUGGAUUCUUCCCACACGGAAUACACUCUAUCCCCUCUGACGAGCGACACACUGUACAUGGUGCGAAUGGCAGCGUACACCGAUGAAGGUGGCAAGUAUGGCCCAGAGUUCACCUUCACCACACCAAAGUUUGCUCAAGGAGAAAUAGAAGCCAUAGUUGUACCUGUCUGCUUAGCGUUCCUACUGGUAACUCUUCUGGGAGUGUUGUUCUGCUUUAAUAAGCGAGACUUAAUUAAAAAGCACAUCUGGCCUAAUGUUCCAGAUCCUUCAAAGAGUCAGAUUGCCCAGUGGUCACCUCACACACCGCCAAGGCACAACUUCAGUCCAAAAGAUAAGAUGUAUUCGGAUGGCAAUUUCACUGAUGUAAGUGUUGUAGAAAUAGAAGCAAAUGACAAAAAGCCUUUUCCAGAGGAUCUGAAAUCACUGGACCUAUUCAAGAAGGAAAAAACGAGUACGGAGGGCCACAGCAGUGGUAUCGGCGGGUCUUCAUGCAUGUCAUCUUCGAGGCCAAGCAUUUCUAGCAAUGAUGACAACGAGUCUUCACAGAACACAGCCAGCACUGUCCAGUAUUCUACUGUGGUGCACAGUGGCUACAGACACCAGGUUCCAUCGGUCCAAGUCUUCUCAAGAUCCGAGUCCACUCAGCCCCUGUUAGAUUCGGAAGAGCGGUCCGAAGAUCUACAGUUGGUAGAUAGUGUAGACAGUGGAGAUGGCAUUUUACCCAGGCAACAGUAUUUCAAACAGAAUUGCAGUCAGCCUGAAACCAGUCCAGACAUUUCACAUUUUGAAAGGUCAAAGCAGGUUUCAUCAGGCAGUGAGGAAGAUUUUGUUAGAAUUAAACAGCAGCAGAUUUCAGAUCGUAUUUCACAGGCCUGUGGAUCCGGGCAAAUGAAAAUGUUUCCGGAAGUUUCUGCAGUAGAUGCUUUUAGCCCUGGGACUGAGGGACAAGUGGAGAGAUUCGAGCCAGCUGGAAUGGAGGCUGUGAUGGAUGAAGAAAUAUCUAAAAGUUACUUACCACAGACUGUAAGACAAGGUGGCUACAUGCCCCAGUGAAAGUCUAGUAAAGCUAAAAUAUCUGUGAUUUCAGUUACAAAAUAAUCUUCACUCCCUGAAGAUGAUCAUUUGCCUUUUAGGACAAGCUCUCACCUGGGCCAUUGUCAUUCCAGAAUGUCUGGGAUUCUACUUUAAGCACUACAGAAACUGACUUUAUUCUCUGAAUAGCUGAAUGACUUUGCGCUGUUCCAGGAUGCUUGCACUGAAAAGAAACAGAAAGCUUGUCUGAUCAUUUGUAAAGUAAAACUUCACUAUGCUACAUAGAAAACAGAGGGUAUUUAAACAGUGAUCAGUGAGCACAGCUGCACUGGUUGGAUGAAGUCACCAAAACAGAUGGCUUAUGGAUGGGCAAUGGAAGGAAAAGGAGCAGUACAGAACUCUACUUCAGCUAACUGCCUUCGUGGAGGAAGAGACCACAGGGUGUAACCAGCUGCUCGCAGCUUUGGAGGGCUAACAAGAAAUGGUGGGAGGUUCAUUGACAGUUCUACCAUCAUUCAGAUUAUGCCUUAUUUCUUUUCUGUUGGUAAUGAUGUUAUUGGAGCCAAAGAUUUCCAGAGCUUAAACUUCAAAAAAAAGUCAGGUUUGAAUAUUACAUAAUCAAAACUCUCCAUGAAAUUAUUUAAAUUUGCUUUUUAUUAUUGGCUCUUUGCAGAUCUAUUUUACAAACCCAGCAGGUGCCUGGCAGGAGCUAGGAACACAUACCAUCAGCUAUCUUAAACAUUUUCAUGUUUCCUAUUUUUAAAGGCUUGUUGAUAUUUUUCUGUGUAUAAACAUAUACAUACAUAUUUACAUACAUAUAUAUACACAUAACAUACAUAUAUACAUAUUUUACACACAUUCAUACAUAUAUCAUUGACCCUUGUUAAGACUUUAGAGAACUUGGUUGACAGAGUACUUUAUACACAUCUUCAGCUUAAAAUGUGUUUGAAUUGAACAUACCUUGUUUUGAUUUUAAGUAUGCCAAGGUUUAAAUUUUUCUAAGGUAUUUGAAGCAAACCCAAAGGGCAGUAUCCACCACAACAAAACCAGAAUCCCAAGACUGUAUAUAUGGAUCUCAGUAGAUAUCACAGCCAGUAUCUUCACUGUAGACAUGUAAUAAACAGAUAGGGUUUUGGUUUUUGUUGGUUUGUAUGAUUUUAGUUUUCUUUUGUUGUCGGGGGGGUAAUUUUGUUUUGUUGGCUAUGUUGGGGAUUGAACCCAGGGCCUUACACAUGCUAGGCAAGUGCUCUACUAUUGAGGAACCCCAUCCCUGAUUUUAUUUUUGAGCUAAGUUCUUGCUGCGUGGCCCAGGCUGUCCCCAGUGUGGGCUCAAUCAGUCCUCCUCCCCGGUCCUGAGUAGCUAGGACUACCGCUGUGCACUGUCUGCCAUCUCUACAUUCUAUCCCAGAAUGACAUUUCAUUCUACAGUGUGCUUCAGAAAUAUUUUAAACCUCUCCUUUCCAGUUCUGUUCCUCAGGAGAAAAGUGAGCCAGGCUUUCAGGGCUUAGCAAUAAAGCCACUAAGCAUUUAUGCCAUUCCCUAACUAUGUGAAGGCAAGAGCUAGGGGCUAAAAA